UGUUCGAGUGGGGGCAGUGAUUUAUAGCACUGAUGUAGAGGUGCAGUUUCAUUUGAAUCGCUACAGUUCCAAGCGUGAUAUCCUCGAUGCUGUUGACAACAUUGCCUAUGUGUAUGGAAGCACAAAUACAUAUGGAGGUCUGCACACAGCCAGAACACAGAUGUUCACUGCAGAAAAUGGUGACAGAGCCGGUGUUCCUAACAUCAUUUUCCUCAUAACUGAUGGCGUUUCCAACGUCAAUGCUUUGCAAACGAUACCAGAAGCGGAGGCUAUUCGUGCAGAAAACAUCCAUAUUUACGCUAUAGGUAUAGGCCUUGCAGAAACUACAGAACUCGACAAAAUUGCAUCAUCUCCAGCAAGCGCUAACAGUUUCACUGUGGAAGAUUUUAAUGAGCUUCAAGGCUUAAAACACACGAUAUUUGAAUCUUACUGUCCCGUAAAGUCCACAGAAACGAUUGUCGAUCGAAAGCCACCCGGUCGUUGCAAUACUGCUGAAUCAGACAUUGUGUUCGUUCUGGAUUCUUCAACUAGCGUUACUGAUGCAAACUUCAAGAAAAUAUUAGCUUUCAUGAAAGAUUUUCUGUCGGAUGCUAGUAUUGACUCGGGUAAUGUUCGAGUGGGGGCAGUGAUUUAUAGCACUGAUGUAGAGGUGCAGUUUCAUUUGAAUCGCUACAGUUCCAAGCGUGAUAUCCUCGAUGCUGUUGACAACAUUGCCUAUGUGUAUGGAAGCACAAAUACAUAUGGAGGUCUGCACACAGCCAGAACACAGAUGUUCACUGCAGAAAAUGGUGACAGAGCCGGUGUUCCUAACAUCAUUUUCCUCAUAACUGAUGGCGUUUCCAACGUCAAUGCUUUGCAAACGAUACCAGAAGCGGAGGCUAUUCGUGCAGAAAACAUCCAUAUUUACGCUAUAGGUAUAGGCCUUGCAGAAACUACAGAACUCGACAAAAUUGCAUCAUCUCCAGCAAGCGCUAACAGUUUCACUGUGGAAGAUUUUAAUGAGCUUCAAGGCUUAAAACACACGAUAUUUGAAUCUUACUGUCCCGUAAAGUCCACAGAAACGAUUGUCGAUCGAAAGCCACCCGGUCGUUGCAAUACUGCUGAAUCAGACAUUGUGUUCGUUCUGGAUUCUUCAACUAGCGUUACUGAUGCAAACUUCAAGAAAAUAUUAGCUUUCAUGAAAGAUUUUCUGUCGGAUGCUAGUAUUGACUCGGGUAAUGUUCGAGUGGGGGCAGUGAUUUAUAGCACUGAUGUAGAGGUGCAGUUUCAUUUGAAUCGCUACAGUUCCAAGCGUGAUAUCCUCGAUGCUGUUGACAACAUUGCCUAUGUGUAUGGAAGCACAAAUACAUAUGGAGGUCUGCACACAGCCAGAACACAGAUGUUCACUGCAGAAAAUGGUGACAGAGCCGGUGUUCCUAACAUCAUUUUCCUCAUAACUGAUGGCGUUUCCAACGUCAAUGCUUUGCAAACGAUACCAGAAGCGGAGGCUAUUCGUGCAGAAAACAUCCAUAUUUACGCUAUAGGUAUAGGCCUUGCAGAAACUACAGAACUCGACAAAAUUGCAUCAUCUCCAGCAAGCGCUAACAGUUUCACUGUGGAAGAUUUUAAUGAGCUUCAAGGCUUAAAACACACGAUAUUUGAAUCUUACUGUCCCGUAAAGUCCACAGAAACGAUUGUCGAUCGAAAGCCACCCGGUCGUUGCAAUACUGCUGAAUCAGACAUUGUGUUCGUUCUGGAUUCUUCAACUAGCGUUACUGAUGCAAACUUCAAGAAAAUAUUAGCUUUCAUGAAAGAUUUUCUGUCGGAUGCUAGUAUUGACUCGGGUAAUGUUCGAGUGGGGGCAGUGAUUUAUAGCACUGAUGUAGAGGUGCAGUUUCAUUUGAAUCGCUACAGUUCCAAGCGUGAUAUCCUCGAUGCUGUUGACAACAUUGCCUAUGUGUAUGGAAGCACAAAUACAUAUGGAGGUCUGCACACAGCCAGAACACAGAUGUUCACUGCAGAAAAUGGUGACAGAGCCGGUGUUCCUAACAUCAUUUUCCUCAUAACUGAUGGCGUUUCCAACGUCAAUGCUUUGCAAACGAUACCAGAAGCGGAGGCUAUUCGUGCAGAAAACAUCCAUAUUUACGCUAUAGGUAUAGGCCUUGCAGAAACUACAGAACUCGACAAAAUUGCAUCAUCUCCAGCAAGCGCUAACAGUUUCACUGUGGAAGAAAGAUUUAAUGAGCUUCAAGGCUUAAAACACACGAUAUUUGAAUCUUACUGUCCCGGUACGUAUAUCUCGAAGAAUAUUACACCUGUCAUCGUCCUCGUCGAAGUUGUCGUCGUUCUUUGA